UGAGUAUUUCGAAACGAUUUUUUUGAGUGGAGCCAAAUUUGACAUAAUGCCAAUAAUUUUCGCCUAUAAUCUUAAAUCGAAAGGCAACGCGUAAAAUAUUUUCUUAAAUUUAGAUCAGUUUAUUUUUCGAAUAAUUUUUGAAUACAGGGCAUCGGCUGGUCGUGCACAUUUGGGCAGAACAUAAUUAUAUGUUGAUGCUUAUUUCAAUGUGAUCAUGCCAAUCGAAUUGUUUGCAUAAACAUUCGCCUAACAACAAUCAAAUGGACAAGUCGAGCAUUAAAUAUUUAUGGCUAAUACCCUUGUGUAUAUGCCUGCUAAAUGUCGGCCAAGCAAAUGCAAUCUUUAUGAAAUUCACAAACAUUACCUGCGACAGCAAAUAUAAAAAUCUGGCUACUGUGGAAUAUUGCUACAUCGGGCAGGUGGAUCAACUGCAAAACUAUAUGAGUCUGCGCUACAAGAUCUUCGAGCCAAUCAAAAGGGAGCUUUUCUUUCAUUUCAGAUUGAUGAUCAGACGAAAUGGCUGGAAGCCAUAUCUGUACGCCUCCGACAUAGAUAUGUGUCGUUUCUGGAAAUCGCGCUAUAAUGGCCUGGCCAAGCUCAUAUUGGGAUUUCUGGAUGGACACACAAACAUGAAUCACAGCUGCCCCUAUAAUGAGAACUACAUUUAUAUUGAUAGGGUAAUGAAUACGGAUAUAUCGAAGCGGCUGCCAGCUCUGCCCCUGGGCAAAGGGCAUUACGCGCUCUUCACCAGAUGGUCAUGGAAGAAUGUGACACGCACCUUGUCGAAUAUCUACAUUGAGGUUACAAAUGAUUAGCCAGUUAAUUAUACCUAUAUAUAUAGAGUAAAAUUUGUGGCUUUAAUAUUGAAACAAUUAAA